UGGUGUCCGGCUCAGUGACGCGGCGCAGCUGUCACUCACAGCCCUUUAACCAGCGCCAUGAGCGACGACGAGGCCCGGACCCGGACCCGGACCCGGACCGGGUUCGAGGGGCUGUGUCGGGCUCUGAACAUGGACGAGGAGGCGAGCAGAGAGGCGUGGACGAGCUACGAGCAGGCGAGCACGAGCUUCACCCUGGAGGGCAGUGACCUCCACUGGUUGGCCUGCUCUCUGUACGUGGCCUGCAGGUCUUCGGUGCCGACAGUGGGUAAAGGAACCGCAGAGGGGAACUACGUCUCCCUGACCAGAAUCCUGCGCUGCUCAGAGAUGAGCCUGAUAGAGUUCUUUAAUAAGAUGAAGAAGUGGCAGGACAUGGCCGACCUUCCUCAGGACUUCCGUCAGAGCACCAACAAGCUGGAGAGAAACUUCACCGUGUCGGCGGUCAUCUUUAAGAAGUACGUCCCCAUCUUCAAAGCCAUCUUCAAGGCGCCGUCGGAGGAGCCGCCCCGGGUUCACCGCAGCCGCAAACAGAGACGGCAUCCCUGCUCUGUGACCGAGGUCUUCAACUUCUGCUGGGUUCUGUUCGUCCACGCUAAAGGUAACUUCCCGAUGAUCAGCGAUGACCUGGUGAACUCGUACCACCUGCUGCUGUGUGCUCUGGACCUGGUCUUCACCAACGCUCUGCUGUGCAACGCCAGGAAAGACCUGCUCAACCCAAACUUCAGAGGUCUACCAGAGGACUUCAGCAGUAAAGACUUCCGGCCGUCCUCAGGGCCGCACUGCUUCAUAGAGCAGCUGUGUGAGCUGCAUGACGGCCUGGUGCUGGAGGCCAAAGGGGUCAAAGAGCACUUCUGGAAGCCCUUCAUCAAGAAACUCUUCCACAAGAGGAUCAUCAGGGGGAAGGAGGACAGUCUGACCGGUUUUCUGGAUCCCAUGAACUUUGGAGACAGUUUUCUGUCUCUGACUCGGGUCUAUGAGGAACACGUUCUGUCCUCUGGUUCUCUGGAUGAGCGGAUCUUUACGGGUGAGGGGGCGAGUGAGGACAUCGGGACCCCGGGACGGAGCCUGCGUGGCGGGGGGGAGAACCAGGACAGCGCCCCCUUCAGGCUGCAGACAGGCGUCACGACCUCCUCUCUGAAAGUGUCCACUCCUCUGACGGGGAGGAGGUACGUCCAGGAGAACAGCUGGUCGUCUCCCGUCUCCUCCGCCAUGAGGAGCGUCGGACGCCUCCACACGCUGCUGUCAGGAACCAAACAGGGACCGAGCACCAAGCUGACGGAGACCCUCAGAACCUGUGCCAGAGACCCCAGUGAUGUCAUCAGCAAGCGCCUGAAGGACAUGUUGGAGCUCCUGGUUCAUCAUUACGAAGGCAGCGAGGCUGAGAGCAGAGCGAUGGGGAGAGACAUGGCAGUGAAGUACUUCCACCUGGCGGAGGCGCUCUACUACAGGAUCCUGGAGUCCAUCAUCGAGAGGGAGAAGAUGAUCCUGGGAGACGCCGACCUGUCUUGUAUUCUGGAGCAGGACGUCUUCCAUCGCUCUCUGCUCGUCUGCUGUCUGGAGAUCGUCGUCUUCUCCUACAGACCUCCAGGAGAUUUCCCCAACUUGAUCACCAUCUUCCAUCUCCCAGCUUAUCACUUCUACAAGGUGAUCGAGGUGCUGGUGCGGUCGGAGCAGGGUCUGUUUCGGGAGGUGGUGAAGCACCUGAACCAGGUGGAGGAGCAGGUUCUGGAGAGUCUGGCCUGGACCAGCGACUCCCCGCUGUGGGAGAACCUCCGCGGGGCCAAAGACCAGGUCCCCGCCUGCAAACAGGUGAUGCCUCCUCAGUAUCUGGAGCAGAGCGAUGAGAGCAGCAGUGUUCCUCAGACUCCCACCAACCAGGGACCAGAACUCAGAGGCGUGUCCCCGUCUCCCACCACGCUGUUGGACCGGUACAGCUCUCCUCCCACCGGCCCGUUCCGCCGCCGUCUGUUCGUGGACCCGGUGGACGGCGAGCCUCGCGUCUCCUCCUCCGGCACAGCACCGACCGCCGUGACCAAGACCGGCCUGGUCGCCGCCAUCCCGGCCGGGCAGACGGUGGUCUCCAUGGCGACCGCCACCGUCACCGCCAACAACGGGCAGACGGUCACCAUCCCGGUGCAGGGCAUAGCCAAUGAGAGCGGAGGCAUCACCUUCUUCCCCGUCCAGGUGAGCGUGACCGGACAGGGCGGAGCCACGCUGCAGCCGCUGUCAGCGCAGACGCUGACCGGCACCCUCACCGUCCAAUCAGCCGUCACCAAACCGGCUAAACCGGCAGCUGCCAGUCCGCUGAGGAAAGGCUCGCUGUCGCUGUUCUUCAGGAAGGUGUAUCACCUGGCCAGCGUGCGUCUCAGAGACCUUUGUUCCAAACUGGACAUCUCUUCAGAUCUGAGGAGGAAGAUCUGGACGUGUUUUGAAUAUUCUCUGGUUCACUGCAGCGACCUGAUGAUGGACCGCCACCUGGACCAGCUGCUCAUGUGUGCUGUGUACGUCAUGGCCAAGGUGACCAAAGAAGACAGAUCCUUCCAGAACAUCAUGAAGUGUUACAGAAUGCAGCCUCAGGCCAGCAGCAAUGUGUACAGGAGUGUGUUGAUCUCAGGGAGGAGGAUACGUGUCUCAGGCAGCAACGACACAAACAAACUGAGCUCACCUGUUGACUCCCAUCAGGAUCCGGCAGCUGGAGACAUCAGUCCGGUUCCUGUUCGCUCCAGCAGCACCUUGUCGACCCCCCAGCCGGGCAGUGCUCCCUCCACCCCCAACAAGACCUCCUCCUCCUCCUCCUCUGUGGGCGACGGUGAGGAGCAGCGAGGAGACCUGAUCCACUUCUACAACCACGUCUACAUCAAACAGAUGAGAGCCUUCGCUCUGAGAUACUCAGCCAGCUCUCCGUCUGCCGGGCUGGAGACCCCCCCUCUGUGUCCGUACCCCUCUCUGAGGACCGUCCCCCGUCGGAUGCUUCUGUCCAGCAAACACUCCAUCUACAUCUCACCUCACAAGACAAGCUCCGCCCCCGGCAUCGACCCCCGAGACAAGAUCUACUACUACAUCUGUAGCAGCCCCCCAAAGCGUCUGCAGGAGAUCAACAGUAUGAUCCGGACCGGAGAGACUCCGUCCAGGAAGAGGAGUCGACCUCUGGAGGGCCACGCCUCCCCGAAGAGAGUCUGUCAGGAGAACCAGUCUGCCCUGCUCCGCCGCCUGCAGGACGUCGCCAAGGACCGCAGCUCCUCCCACUGAUACACACACACACUGAGACACACACACACACACACACACACACACACACAGACACACACACACACACACUGAGACACACACACACACACACACACACACACACACACACACACACACACACACACACACACACAGAGACACACACACAGAGACACACACACACACACACACAGAGACACACACACAGAGACACACACACAGACACACACAGAGACACACACACACACACAGAGACACACACACACACACACACACACACACACAACACAUUGAAUCUGAUCAAACAUGAACCUAACAUCUUCUUCAUGUUGGUGAACGGACUCUAAUAAUCAAUGAGGAGGAGAUCAAUGGUUUCCUCUGUCUGAAGAUGACCUCUGACCCCAGGAUGUUUAGGAUGUUUCAUCAUGUGAACAGACUGAAGAAGAUUUCUGUGUUUUGAACCGUAUCUACUCGUUUUCUCUGAUCAGUGUGACAAACUGAUCACUUUAUUAUUGAUCAUGUCUGAUUAUUGAUCUUUAUAUUGAACCUGGUGUGUGUCUCCAUGUGUUCAUGUAAAUAUGUGUACAGAGAGAGAAGUUAUUUUAUGGAGCAGAUGAAGUGCCUUUAUUUUGUACCUUUAUUAGAUGGACUGUCUGAGGUAAUACACCGUGUCACCACCAGGUGGAGCUGUUGGUUUUUGUUUGUUUAAACUGUUUGAAUAAAUAACAGUGUUAAAGUUCCUAUCAGCUGAUUACUUAUUAUUAUGAUCAUUAAAGGGUUUG